CCGCGAAUCGACAUAGUCGGAACCGUUUACCGUUGGCAAGUGAGCGAAGUUAGUAAUGCAACUGGAGUAAGAUCGAAGUCAGUGAUAGUAUCUUUGCAAGAAAGUUAUUCCAAACGUGCAUCUUCAAUUUACUCAAAAAACGAUACUACAGGCUCCGUUUGUCCCGAAUUCGGUUGCAGUACGUACACAACGCGAAAGAUACGCUAGCGCUCCAAAUUUAGGUUCACUAGAUUUCAUAACGGCUCUUCAGAGUGAAAUUCAUAACUUAUAGUUCCUUAAAGUGCAAAAAGUCGCUGAGUGUUCGCCAAGUUGUAGUGUGUGAUUUAACCUUAUUUUCGCCAACAAACGUAGAAAUUCCGCCAAGUGUUAUUAUUCUAGAUGUGAGCUCCGUCGGCUGCGAGGAAAUUUCAUUGUAGAAAGGCCCAUUAUGCUGAACGCACCGCAAUUUCAGUAAACGGAAAACUUAGCGACAAAUUGGAUAAAAAGUGCGCACAAGAAGUACAACAGGUCAUCGAGCGCCUUUCCCACAGUUACGGCACUGAAGAUAUAUUUAACCAAUCGAUCUUUUUGCCAAAAUUCUCCCAUUCAAGAUCGCGCUGGCUAUCAGGGUGUUGCCAAAGUGGGCGAGACACGGGCGAUCAUCGACUUAGAAUAAGUUGUUAGAAUAUAAGUUAUGAGUCAUUUUAUAAAAAUAAUUUUAGUCAGUAGCAUAGUCAGCAGUGUAACAAAUGGAUAUCCAUUUAUAUUUCCUAACAAUCGACGGCAGGUAACAAAAUGGCACGCGCCGGCCGAUGAAUGGAGCAUAGAAGCCGCACCUCGGAGUAUAGAACCUCACCUAGAGCCAAAAAAUACAACACGUCACUGUAAUUCAAUGCUGCUAGGUAAUGACGAAAAAUUCCUCGAACGAUUGAAAAGCAUCCGAGACAAUGGCACGGGAAGGAUGCUUUGGUUUGAUCCUAUUGAUAAUGGGCGGUACCCACCUCUAGUUGAAAAGGCCCUUCACAUCCUUAACUUGAAGCAAGUGGCAUAUGAAAUCGAAACCAGCGUCAUGUCCAAAGUUUCGUGUACGGCUUGCAGGGCAGGAGCUGGACUUUUACAACAUUAUAUUCAGGUUGGGAAAAGCAACGAAGAGAUAACCAAGACUAUUUACAUGUACUGUGUGAAUCUGAAGAUACAAAGUCCUAAAGUUUGCGAAGGAAUAACCAAGUUGUUUGGGCUAGAAGUGAUUUACGUCUUGCAACGAGUCAACAUUGGUCCCGAAGAAAUCUGCAGCUUCGUCAUUGGAGACGCUUGUGAGGACAUUUACAACCCAUUCCAUGAAUGGGAUGUUUCCUUCCCACCAGUCCCCAAACCCGAACCCCUUGACAUACCAAUCCCAAAAGAGAAAGCCCCGUACUUCAAAGUUCUGCAUCUCUCUGAUACUCACUAUGAUCCUCAUUACGUGGAGGGUUCAAAUGCAAAUUGUAAUGAGCCACUUUGUUGUCGAGCAUCGAACGGUCGACCUAGCAGUCCAAACGACGCUGCUGGCAAAUGGGGCGACUAUCGCAAGUGUGACACACCCAAAAGAACGGUUGACAAUCUCCUGCAGCAUAUAUCUGAAACGCAUCCAGACAUUGAUUAUAUUCUCUGGACUGGAGACCUUCCACCGCACGAUGUUUGGAAUCAAACCAAAGAUGAGAAUCUUGGUAUAAUAAAAGAUACUGUGAAACAGAUGUCUGAGAAAUUCCCAGGUAUCCCGAUAUUUCCUGCGCUGGGUAACCAUGAAAGUGCUCCGGUCAAUAGCUUCCCACCACCAUAUGUAAAUCAAGUCGAUGCCUCAAUAUCUUGGCUCUACGAGGAAUUGGAUUCGCUCUGGAGGCGAUGGCUUCCAGCCAGUGUUUCUCACACAGUACGUCGUGGAGCGUUUUACUCAGUUUUGUUGAGACCUGGAUUCCGCAUUAUAUCUUUGAAUAUGAACUACUGCAACAACAAAAACUGGUGGCUAUUGCUGAACUCAACUGAUCCAGCUACUGAACUGCAGUGGCUAAUCUACGAAUUACAGAGCGCAGAGUUUUCGAAUGAAAAGGUGCACAUCAUCGGACAUAUUCCACCUGGCUAUCCGGAUUGCUUAAAAGUCUGGUCGAGGAACUUCUACAAGAUUAUUGCACGCUAUGAAAGCACAAUUACUGCACAAUUUUAUGGACACACACAUUAUGACGAACUGGAGAUAUUUUAUGACCCGAAAAAUUUAGCGCGUCCGACCAGCAUAGCGUACAUUGGACCCUCCGUGACACCCUACUAUGACAUGAAUCCUGGCUAUCGAAUCUACUAUAUCGACGGCGAUCACGACGCUACCACUCGCAUGGUAAUCGACCACGAAUCAUGGAUUAUGAAUUUAAAGGAGGCGAAUCUGUACGACUACCCGAUUUGGUACAAAUUGUAUUCAACACGUGCUGCGUAUGCAAUGAAAGGAUUACGACCAACGGAUUGGAGCAAUUUAAUUAAUGAAAUGGCCAAUAAUCAGGAAUUGUUCGAAUUGUAUUAUAAGCACUACUGGAAGAACUCACAUCUGCGACCACUAUGUGAUCCAGAAUGCAAAAAACGCAUCUUGUGUGAUGCUAAGAGUGGAAGGAGUCACGAUCGCAAGAACUUCUGCGCAGACGUCGAGGCCAAAGUAGAUGAAGGUUCAGGGAAAAGCUGGAAAGCCUGGUUCUACCGAGGCUUGAGUGCAUCUAACGACAUUUCGUCCAAUGAACAUGAACAGGAAACUUCUGUGGAUGGCGGUGAAAGCAUCCCUGUAACCGUUGAUCCUUCAACGGGUUUCUUGGAUGAAGUCACACCAGUGCGAACAGAAAGGAUCAGAGCAGAAAAAGUCGUAGCUGACCUUAUACAGGCUAUAGGUUUGCUGUUUACGUAAUAAACGACUGUUUUAUAAUUAAUUUGACCAGAAGAAGACGACUCAAAGGAUCAUUGUUUGCUUUCAGUUCUAGUUGAUAUGCUUAAGUAACUGGAGAAGUGUAUAAAUGCAACUAAUUUUAGAGUUAAGAUAUUUAAGCCGCAUAAUGGUAGUAUUGUACAUACAACUUAACUAACCAUUUUUAGCACUAAUGUGUAAAUAGUAUGUAAAUAAAUUUUCCUAUUAAAACAUUGUUGAACAGAAUUUAGUAAUAAGUUUGAAUAGCUAUAGCCGUGGAAAUCGUUCUAGAACGAGCUUGAUAAAGCGAUUACAUUCAGUAAAUACUAAAUCAAAACUACAUUAAAAAUAAAGGCACCGUAAGUUACCUUACACUACUACAAAAAGGAACAAGAAAGCCAACUUGCUUUUGCAAAUGACACAAAGAUGUCAAACACAAUCUGGUUUCCUUAAAAGUAUUAAGUUUCCAUCAACCAUAUUAAUGAAGAAUAUCAAUCAUAAUCCUAAAGUUAAUGACUGUUACACCAAGGUUACUAUACUCGCAAGC